CUAGGUCACAUAGCCCGGCCGGUGUCCGGCAUCGGUGGAGCUCGGUGGAUUUUUGAGGUGUCGCCGAGCUCCCCUCAUCGGUGGCAUAGCUCGGUGACGUGACCGGGCUCCGUCCGGAAAUCUACAGGCGACCGACCAAACACCGGCCGAUGACCGUCCGGAGUCUGUCUCAAAAGUGGAGAUUUUUUUCGGCCGAUGUGGCAGCAACUACCGGCCGAUGUCCGGCCGAUGGUCGGCCGGACAUCGGGGGGGUAUACGGCCGGUACCCGAGCAGGUUAAAGGACACCGUGCGAUCACCGGCCGGGUUGUUAACGGGCUUCGAACACUGCCCGGCCGAUGUUCGGCCGGUGUACCUCGGACUUGGGGGGCCGAUGGUCAGCUAUUCCAUACCUGUAUAUAUAUGUCCACCCUACCUGGAAUGGUCAGUUCAUCACUAUGGCUGCACCGAGAAGACUACGAAUGGCGUUGUUAGAACACGAGCUAGCUCAGGCGAGGUUCCAGUACAACUUGGUCCUGGCAGCACUGCUCGAAGAAGCCGAGAGGGAGCGACAGAGGGCCGGCAGAAGAAUAAGACGUUGGUGGGUGCGCGAGUGGAUCCUACGCAGACCUCGUUUCGGCCAGUAUGAGACGCUCAUGAGGGAACUCGAGGCCGAGCACGCUGCCGACUUCAAAUCCUACCUCCGCAUGGAGCCACAGAUGUUCUAUGAGUUGCUUGACCGAGUUGGCCCCCGCAUUGCCAAGACCACAACGCAUCGAACCCCCUUGGAUCCUGGGCUGAAGCUGGCGAUCACCUUGAGGUUCUUGGCGACCGGAAGCAGCUAUCAUGAUCUGGCGUUCGCGUUUCGUGUCCCACACAACACCAUCUCUCUGUUCGUCCCCGAGGUCUGUCAGGCCAUCUACGACGAAUACGAGGACGAGAUGUGGGCCACUCCCCAGACAGAAGAUGACUGGCGCCCGGUAGCCGAGGGAUUCGGAGACAGAUGGAACUUUCCCCACUGUUGUGGCGCGAUCGAUGGGAAACAUGUCGCCAUCAAGAAGCCCCCAAGAGCGGCUCACUUUACUACAACUACAAAGGCUUCUUUUCCAUCGUCAUGCUUGCAGUGGUAAACUCUGACUACAAGUUCAUCUGGGCGGAUGUGGGGUCACCAGGGUCGUAUUCCGACGCCGGCAUCUUUAACCGGUCGCGACUGGAGCCAGGUCUGCGUGAGGGAACGAUCGGACUACCCCAGCCGGAUCCCCUACCAAAUGACGACCAGGACACACCCUACUACAUGGUCGGAGACGACGCCUUCCCCCUACGGCCAUACAUGAUGAAGCCUUACCCUCAUCGGCACCUGAAACGGGACGAGCGGAUCUACAACUACCGGUGUUCCAGGGCACGCCGUGUGG